GCCAGCGGCUGGCAGGCUUGCCGAAGCGACUCGCGAACCGCAGUUUUCGGCACCUCGAGGCGCUGGUGGCGACCCGCCUGUGGCAUAGGCUGGGCGCCGAGCGGCGCGAAGGCUUUGUGCAAUGGGAGCUCCCAGAGGCGCGACGUGUCGUAUCCCGCGCCGGUGUGGAGAUGAAGCGGAAGUCUGUGGCCAGACGUGGCUCCAUAAAGGAGGCCAUUAUGGAUUCGUACGUCAAAUAUCUGGGCAGCGUGGAGCCGAUCUACAUUGACGUGUCGACCCGUUGCCCGCAUGCGCAGUGGUACACGCACGCUGCCUCCGUCCCCGUCGUGGCGGCCUCAGUGGCGGCUGACUCCAAGCUGGCGCUACGGCAGCGCCGUGCUGCCAGUCGCAGUGGAACCCUACGGCCGAAUCGGGAGCGAGACGCUCCACUCGCUGGAACUCCUGGCCGGGUGCGCCGGGUGCAGCCCCCGGGACGCUUGGGCUGCGCCCCGGCUGCGGCCGCGCUGGCGCGCAGCCUUCGAGCGGACCGUGCACUACGCCUUGCGGACAUCGACCUCCUUGCGCUGGGCUGCGUGCCGACCACCGCCGAGGCCAGCGUGGCGCACGGCCGCGUGAUGGCCACGAUGGAGUACAACGGCGAUAUUUGCACCC